CUCGAUAAUCGACUCCACCGGGCCAGCGCAGCGAUGUCGACGUGUGUGGCUCUGAUUGACUGAUCGAUUUCGUGUAUGAAGAAUUAGGAUGAACGCGACAAAGUGAAGGGACCGAUUGAGCGCGUGUCUUCACUCCCCAGCAACCGUCUCCAAGGAGCAUUCCAGGGGCCAAACUCCGAUAGUUACACAGAAGUAAACGCGUCUUCAAUCACAAAACAGAGUGGCUGAUCUUGUGGCUUGUGCCUCUUGGCUCGAUAUCGAACGUGUUCUUCUGUGCCCAACUAGGUACCGUAGCAAGAAUGUCUGAGUACGACGUUAUAUUAAGCCAUCUGGACGUGGACGCACGGCUUGCGAUAUUUGAGAGUUUCUGGCGUCGAGUCGAGGCAUCCGCAGUAAUAGAUACUGAUGCACUACGGGCAUGCAUUCGAUUGCUCGCAUCGAGCGAGCAAGCCGAGAGACUUAUUAGCAAGCAAAACCAGAUUGUAAACUUCAUCCACGCGAGUAUACCAAGUCAGCCCGAUGAUCACGAUUUCCUGUAUGGUCUCGCCGACAUCUGCUCGGGUGACUUUCGAAUCGGGCAGCAAGUAUUCCAUAGGCUUUUUGUAUCAUUGCAAGACUUUAGACCCUUGAUUUCCCAAGAUUCUGAUGAUCCCUCCGUCCGGGAUCAGCUUUCAGUAGUUCUCUCUUUUCUUAGGUUUCUCAAGUGUUCCUUCUGGCUACCCUCUCAAAGGCCUCAUUUUGUCACCAAUGACCUGAUCCAGUUACUACUUGAACUCCUUGGACACGACGACCUCGAUGGACCAGUUCAGGAAACACUGUCCGGCUUGUUUACACUGCUAGAAGGCCCAGUCGUCGUUUUCCAUCCAGAUGAUGAUUCAAAACCUCCUUGCUGGACAACUGAUCUUCCAAGCACACAAAGUCUUUUUCCCAGUGGAAGUCUCUGGAACAGGUUGGAAAAUUUACCUUCCAGCUAUUUCAACACGGAUUCCUCUCGUAUAUUCAGGACUUGGUUCCAGUGGAUAUCCCUCGCGUCCUCCCAAGACGUUGACAUAGAUGCGAUCUAUCAACCCGCAUACUGGAGACUUCUUCGAAUUGGCUUACUUUCAGGCUUUGCCGAACAACGCAAGUAUUGUCUUGGUAUUCUUCGACAGUCAUUGGUCCUAGCCCGGCGUGACAUCAACGUACCUUUUAUGGUCUUGGAGGUCGAUAGACGGUCCGAGUAUUCAGCGCAAUACGAGAAGUACAGCUCUCUGUUCGAAACUAUCGUGCUUGACCGAUAUCCCAACCAAAUUCAGGCCUCUUUGCCGGGUCUGACUAGUCUCUUCGUCUCCGGUUCCCUGAUUAGCAGCGUUUGGACAACCGCUCUUCUUUCAGGUGUUCUACAUCCGCACGUUCAGGAUGGUGCUCGAAAGAUCGUCGGCAAUUGGUACAUUGAUUUUGUUGUCCACCAAAAAGGACCACUUGAAGAACAUGCGCAAUUUCUCAUAGAGGGGUUUCUUCCCUGGGCAACUCAAGGCAGCCUUUUCACACACUCACUUAUUUCUACCAGGAGCGAGACAGUCUGCACCCACGGGCAGGCUUUGGCUGAUGUUCUUUCUGUGUCCCUUCAGGCUAUACCCAAACCUACGGACCGGAGAAAUCUGUUUGUUGAUAUUCUCAACUUCAUCUUCGCCGCCGGUGGAAAAUUGUUCCACUAUGCAAUCAUCUACAUCCUUGAGGGCCUCAAAGACGCACUUUUCGAGCAUGAGAAUGACCCUUCGUAUGCAAACCUGGGAGCUGAUGAACUUCAGCUUGUCUACAAGAUCUCUCGACUCCCGGGACUACCUGAAAUUGCAACGGAGCUGUGCUUGACACUCUGUGCAAUGGUCAGUAGGAGCUGUGUCCAUAACAUCAAUAGUGGUGAAAACGCCGAAUACGUGCCCGGAUUAAAGGAGUUGGAGGCCAAGUACAUCUCAAUCAAAAGCAAUGAAAAAGAGCAACAACUGCAAACCUUCAAAGAGACAAACCCUACAAAUGGCACCAAAGACUUGCAUUCUUUACAAUCCUUGCUUACUCUUCUUGAAGAGACAAAGCAUACAAUCAUUCAGGGCAACGACUUCGUAUCGUAUUGUGACCAAGUCUCCUCGAUAUUAGAUUCAACUACAUUAGAAGAGUCGCAGCAUGGCACGUUGUACACAAUACUAGAAGCACUGUGGGAGGAAGCAGACAGGCAAGAAUUUCGUCGACCUGUUGCGGUCGGCAUCCCAGCCUUGUUCUUCCAUGCACAGUGUAUAGAUAUUUGCGUCAGCGAGCAAACCCAUGAAGCAGAUGGUCCGGGUCUUGACUCGUUGACUACUCUUCUUGUCAAAGCCAUGGAGCAGCUGUGGCACAUGUCGGGAGGUCGUUCGUACCUGCUAUCGACCUUCGCAGACUCGUUACGAAAGGCUGGUUUAUUGAACCCCAAAAUCAUCGAAAUCUUACCGUUCGAGGAUUUUCUCGUCAGUAUAAUAGAGAAUCCACCAUUGGCCAAGAAGGAGUUUCUUUUCGAAGUGGCCUCCGCAGAGAUGCUAACACAGUACAACGCGAGCCAAACAUACCAGCUAUACUACGGGAAGCGUGAAUGGCAUGCCUAUGCCUGCCUGAUUGAUCUCCUCAUCCGGUUCCCAGAGAGCGAGAUUCAAGUGGCUAAAAGAUUAUUGAAACGACUACUCGAGCCAUGGAGGACCCAGAAACGCCCGAUCCCAAUCAUCAGCAAAUGGAAAGAUACAUUGCAGCUCCAGGCGAUGCUACUCCUUGUGGAGUCAUGCGUAGACGAACAAGACGCUGUUUGGUAUCUCGAUACCUUCAUGAGCAUGCUGAUCAUUGAACAAUGGCCUCGCUACCGCUAUCUCAUUGAAUGGAUCAUCUCCCGAAUUUACUACCGCUUUCCGCAGCUUGCACAGAGAAUUCUACCCGACUUAGAGAGCCUAGACGAUACUGUGCCUGUUCAAAUCGCCUCUUUGAUCAAGCUAGCUGUACUUGCUACUCCAUUCCUUGACUCCGAACAGUUCACUCAUCAUCUCGUCACAUUAUUCAUUCCUUUCUCAGCAAGCCCUAAAGUUCACAUCCGGCACGAAGCCCAUUGGUCAUUCCCAAUCAUCUAUGGUAUCGCUGAGGAGAAGAGAUGGACCAGCAUCACCGAAAACCCUGCUUUCAGCGCGCUGAACAAGUAUAUCCGCAGCUUGGACAAAUUUAAUAGCCCGGCGACAACGAUUAGAACCCUUCGCCUCGACGCUGUUGAAGAUUUCACCCUCGUCGAUAUUUUCCAGGGAAAGUAUCUUACCAUCGAAAGCCCAGACCGCCAAUACGUUGCAGGUGAAGAUUUUGAGACACUCUGGAACGAAGACAGCGCUUCCGGCUUUUCAACCCCAGCUGCCCGCAUAAGUCUCGGAGCAUCCAAGGACAACGAAAUCACUCUACCAAUUGUCUCCACAACUUCUCAACCAACUACCACAACAACAGCAGACCUCCCUACCGCACCCCUCCAAACCAAAUCCGGAUUCGAUCUCGCAUCACUUCUUCCCUCGGCCGGCCCCCCAUCCGCAUCGAAAGUCCGCCCGGCCUCCGUCCUCCUCGUCGCCUCCCUAAUCGACAACCCAACGAAUCUCGGCGGCCUAUCCCGCAUCUCUGAGUCCUUCGGCCUUGAAGCCCUCUACGUCAACGACACGAGAUGCACAGGUAGCAAGGACUUCCAGUCUACGGCUGUCACGAGCCACAAGCACCUUCCGAUCCGCGAGCUCAAGAUUGCAGGCGUGCCUGAGUUCCUCAUCAGCAUGAAGCGAAGCGGAUACGAGGUUGUCGGUGUAGAACAGACGGAUAGGAGUGGCAUACUUGGCGAAGACCCCGCGGCGGAGGUUGCGAAGGCUGGUGGCAAUGUUGACUUCAAGGGUGACGGAACGCUGCCGAAGAAAUGCGUGCUCGUGCUUGGUAGUGAGAAGGGAGGUAUCACGGCGGAGGUUUUGGCGGUCGUGGAUAGGUGUGUGGAGAUCAGGACUGUGGGCGUAACGAGGAGUCUGAAUGUGCAGACUGCGGGUGGUAUUGCAGUUUACGAAUGGUGGAGGGAAUGGGGUGGUGCGAAAUAA